CAACCAAACAAAUCGUAACCAAACAAGUCGUCCGCCGGUUGAAGGCUGCUCGCUCCAGCGGCGUCUACUUGGGCCGUGCCACACCACAGUAGGAGGCGACGGCGGCGGCGAGCACCCUAAAACCCUCCCCCGAUCUAAAGCCGGCAAUGGCCCGCGUCGCGUCGAGCCACUUCGGCCUCCUCCGCGAGCUCCCUCCACCUCGCCUCGACCCUUCGGAUCUCCCUCGCCGCCUGCGCCAGGCGACCGUCCUCCGCCUCCGGUCGACAAGACCCCUCCGCUUCCCCAAGAUGGCCUGCCUGGCCGAGUCUAAGCCGGUGGAGGCUCCCCCGAUCGAAUCCCCUCCCGAGGAUGAAAACACUGCACAACCUGGUGCAGUCGAAGAGGGCAGCCAAGAUGCUAGUGUUUCCCAAAGUGCUAACUUUGUAGAAUUUCCAAAUAAAGAUAUAAAUAGACGAGUAGCUUUGGCUUCUACCCUUGCUGCAGUGGGGCUUUUCAUAUCAGCACGACUAGAUUUUGGUGUUUCUUUGAAAGAUCUCUCUGCUGCUGCCAUACCUUAUGAAGAGGCUCUUGCCAAUGGAAAACCCACCGUUGUCGAGUUUUAUGCAGAUUGGUGUGAAGUUUGUCGGGAGUUAGCUCCACAGAUCUUUCAGGUAGAGCAGCAGUUCAGGAAUCAAGUGAAUUUCGUGAUGUUGAAUGUCGAUAACACAAAGUGGGAGCAGGAGCUUGACGAGUUUGGAGUGGAAGGCAUCCCCCAUUUUGCUUUCUUGGAUAAAGAAGGGAACGAGGAGGGAAAUGUUGUGGGCAGACUUCCAAAGCAGUAUUUUCUUGAAAAUGUUGCUGCUCUUGUUAACGGUGAGCCAACAAUACCCCACGCCCGAGUCGUGGGUCAGUACUCAAGUGCGGAAGCCAGGAAGGUGCAUCAAGUUGUUGAUCCCAGAAGCCAUGGUUAAUCAUGUACCUUUCCUGCUCAUAGCUGCUCCCACCCAACAAAAUAAGCAUCUUUGACCUGUGCUGCUGAUUGGAUCCCAAGUUGCGGAAUGGUUUGCUGUGCAAAUCUUUGACAAUUGUUUUUCUAGAUUUCUUUAUGUGUUCUUCAGUUGAUCUAUACCACCUUUGUAGUAACAACUUGUGAUGUGGCCAAUCAAUAGGGAAAAGUCUUAGGCCAAGAUGGUCAGGUAUCCCGAAAAGAGGUGUGUUAGAUUGCUGUUUUGAUCAGCAGCACCAAGAGAUUCUUUUAUACUCCAUCUUGCAGCCUAAGCAAUAUGAAGAUGGAGUUUAAAGA